AUGAGACCCGCGCCAUCGCUGACAGAAGAAACUAUGGCCACUGAUCUCUUCUCGCUCCGUGAGAAGUUCUUUACUCUCCGCACCACCAAGGAGGAGGCUACCAAGCGCGCCGAGGACGCCGAGGAGAAGGUGAAGGCGCUCGAGGCCGAGCUCGCCGCCGUGCAGGCCGCGAGCUCUUCCGCUGCCGACGACUCCAAGCGCGCCGACGAUGCCGAGGCCAAGGCCAAGGCCCUUGAGGGCGAGCUCUUUGCCAUCAAGCAGGAGCUUGACCUGCUGAAGGACAAGGUCGCCGGCCUCGAGAAGGAGCGCGCCGCCGCCGUCGAGGAAGCCAAGAAGGCCCACCAGGAGGCUGAGGCCGCCACCAAGGAGGCCGACAACGCACACAAAGAGGCCGAGGCUGCGCACAAGGAGGCCAAGGCUGCGCACGACGAAGCCACCGCCGCUCACCAGGAGGCCGAGGCCGCGCAGAAGAAGGCAGUCGCCGCUCACGACGCCGACGAGCAGGCCAAGGCUGCCGCUAUUGCUGAGGCUGCCGCUGCCAAGGAGGCUGUUGCCGCCGCCGAGAAGCGCGCCACUGAGGCCGAGGCUGCUGCCGCUGCCGCCGCUGCGGGUGUCGCCGAGGCUGCCAAGGCCAAGGAGACUGCCGCUGCUGCCGAGCUUGAGGCUGCUGCCGCUGCCGCUAAGAAGGAGCUCGCCGCUGCCGUCUCCGAGAAGGAGGCCGCCGUUGCCGAGGCCAAGGCUGCCAAGGAGGCCGUUGCUGCCGCCGAGAAGAAGGCUGCCGACGUCGAGGCUGCUUCCAAGGCCGCUGCCGAGGAGGCCGCCGCUGCCUCCAAGAAGGCUUCUGAGGAGGCUGCCGCCGCCUCUGCCAAGGCCGUCGAGGAUGCCAAGGCCGAAGCCGCGGCCGCCACUAAGCGUGCUACCGACGCCGAGGCCGCAUCUGCUGCAGCCGCCGAGUCCGUCAAGGAGGCCGCUGCCGCCAAGGAGGCUGCCGCUGCCGCUGCCGCCCAGGUCGAGGCCGCCAAGAAGGAGGCUGCUGAGGCCAAGGCCGCGCUCGAGGCUGCUCAGAAGGAAGCAAAGGCUGCGCAGGAGGCGCUCGCUUCCGCCAAGGAGGGCAGCGCCGCGGCCAAGGAGGCCGAGGCUGCUUCGCAGGAGGCCGAGAUCCAGAAGCGCAUCGACGCCGCCGUUGCCGACUGGAACCAGAAGCACCAGGAGCUGCACGCCGAGUAUGAGACGAUGAAGAAGCAGCAGGCCGAGUUCCUCGCCGAGGCCACCAAGUGGUAA